AUGGCUGUUGAUUAUUUUCCCAAGCAUUUGGUGUUCAACAUCUUGUUCAAAUUACCCGUUAGAAGUGUUGCUAGAUUCAGGUGCGUUUGCAGAUCUUGGUGUGCUCUCUUUUCUGAUCCUAAUUUUGUAUAUAAAAACCUACUCUCUUGUUCUGAUUCUACAACCAAUUCCCAAAUCCUUGUCAAAUAUGAUGAUUAUAGGUUUGAAUAUUAUUUGGCUUUUUCUUUUCUUUGCAAUGAUACAUUUGACAUGUCUCCCCCACAAGAAAUUCCAUAUCCUCAUGAUAUAAUGGAAAAAUGCUCUUUCGUUGACAUCGUGGGUUCUUGCUGUAAUGGUGUAAUUUGCCUCCGUGAUGGAUAUUUCUUUGGGGAUUUGCUUGGGUUAUGGGAUGAUGUUUACAACUACGAGAGUAAUAUUGUUCUAUGGAACCCAACUACUUCUGAAACUAAGAUACUACCUCAAUCCAAUCUUUCACAUCCUCCACCUGAACGGUUUUCACUGGAAAUUGUAGAAUUUGGAUUUGACUCCACAACAUGUGAUUACAAAGUACUCAGGAUUUUUGAGUAUUUGACUCAUGAUAACCAAUGUGAUUACCUGGCGGAGAUCUAUAGUCUGAGGGAUGAUACUUGGAGAAAACUUGAUGUCUCUCUGAAUUCUUGGGAGUUGCCUAGUUAUAAGUUCGAAAAUGGCGACUCUGAGUAUAAUUAUGAUCAUAGAGCUCAUACGGGUGCAAAUGGUACAUUUCAUUGGUGCGCAAAAGAGAGAGACCAUAGUCGAGACUUAAUUGUUUCUUUCGACUUGAGCAAUGAGGUUAUUAAAACAACAGCUCUACCAGAUGCUUUCAGUUCUCGCUAUUUUUGGCGGACAAUUCUUUCCUUGAAUGAGCAUGUUGCUUUGUCUCUGUCUACUAAUCGUCAUGUGGAGUUGUGGCACACCCAGAAUAUUUGA